GUGAAAGCACAGCAGUGUCAUCUUGCCGCUCACCGAGCCGGAAAUGGGAACUCAGGUGGGAAAGUUUUGCCUUAGAGUCAUUGUCCUCCUGAGCUUAGCAUUCUUAAGUUCUUCAACGGAACACAAUUCGCCAGAUUUUAACAAUUACGGAAACAGUGCUUCAGAAUUUCAAUUACGGGACUCAGGACAUCACAUCAUUCAUAAAAGACCUACUGUGCUUCUUAAUAGACUGAUGUAUGCUUUGCAGAAUGCUAUCCAGCCUGACGAAAGAGUAAAUCGGCAACAUCAAGAGCUUGAACGACGAGGUUAUCCUAAACACUACUGGAAAUGUUACUUCAAUGCUGUAUCUUGCUUCCGACGGAAACGACAGGACUAUGCUACGUCUGAACAAAAAUUUUGAAGAUAUAAAGGAAAUGAAAGAGAAAGAACGUUUUAUUCUGUAUAUUUUUGAAUUAUUAAAAACACCCCCAUAAAUAACUCGAAGAUACCGAAAGAAAUAAUCAAUUUUAAUUGAUUUUGUUAUUUCAUGGAUGUGAACUUACGGAUUGUAGGACAAACUCUGUUUCCUCACAAUAUUUAUACAUACAAUUUAGCAAGAAGAUAUGUACAAUGAUAUUUUGCUACUACUGUGGCGUGCGACAAAUAAUACUGCUUUACUUUUGUGCCAGUUUCUAAUGCUUUUUCCUUUAUGUACUAUUUUGAUGUUUCUAAAUAUAAUAUUCUGACCUUUAUAUUUCCAUAAAUUGGGCCUUCAGUUUUAAAAUUUAAAUUUUUCGUGCGUUUUGUUAAAUUUCUUUUUCCACCACAAAACCUUAAAUGCUAUGUUUCCAUGUCUCAUAACAAGUGUAUGCUUAAGUCUUUGUUUGUUUUAAAUAAUGUUGAUGUUCAUGUUUAUUUAUUCAAAAUGUGUU